CGGCAGUACCCAUGGCGUCCCGGGGCGGCAGCUCCCUGGGGCUCCUGGCCUGGCUCUGGCUCCUUCAGCCUUGGCUCGACGAGGCCAGGGCAGGCAGGGCGUGGGCUGAGGGAGGCGCAGCACCGCUCUCCCCCUCCAGUCUCCCCUCAGGGCCGGGCAGCCUGGACCCAGGAGCGAGCGGGUGGGAGCCGCGGCCCGUAGGCGCUCCAGGAUCCCCAGCGGCCCGCCAGUCCAGGGGCAACGCAGUGCCCCGUGCUUCGGUGACAUUUCCCUCAGCCUGUGGCCAUCGGAUUUCCAGGAUAACUGGAGGAUUACCGGCCCCAGAAAAGAAGUGGCCCUGGCAGGUGAGCCUGCAGACCAGCGACGGACACGUCUGCGGAGGCUCCCUCAUCGCCAGGAGCUGGGUGCUCACGGCUGCCCACUGUAUCUACGGCCACCUGGAAUACACAGCGAAGCUGGGAGACACAGAAGUGCAGCACCUCUCCAAAACGGCGCUUGUGGUCCCGGUUCGUGACAUCGUCAUCCACCGAUAUUUUACUACGCUUGGAAUAAUUCAGAAUGACAUUGCCCUUGCGCUGCUUGACUUCCCUGUGAAUUACUCCACGCACAUCCAGCCUGUGUGCCUUCCUGAACAGGCUUUCAUGGUGCAAGCUGAUACGAAGUGCUGGGUGACUGGAUGGGGCAAAGUAAAUGAAACAGAUCCAUCAGAUAAAGCAGUAACUGAGCUUCAGGAGGCUGAGCUACGCAUUAUGCUUCAUGAAAAAUGUAAUAAGAUACUCAAGAAAAACCUGAGAAGGUGGAAUGCAGUGAUCAAGAAAGGGACUGUCUGUGGCUACAGUGACCAAGGGAAGGAUGCCUGUCAGGGAGAUUCUGGGGGACCCCUGGUCUGUGAAUUAAAUGGUGUAUGGAUCCAGGUGGGGAUUGUGAGCUGGGGCAUUGGCUGCGGUCGCAAAGGAUAUCCUGGAGUUUACACGGAUGUUAGUUUCUACAAGGACUGGGUCAUUGGCCAACUGAGACAAGCUUCAUGUCUGGAUUCAGCAGACUUCCUCAUCCUAUUCCUGUGUCUGGUGAUGCCCCUGGGCAUCCUGGUGACCCCAUGAUCGGAUCCCAUUCUACUUUUCCUGUUUCUGAGUCUCAUACUAGGCCUCUCCUCCAACCUUCCGCUCCUUCUCAAGGCCCUUUCUGCAAAUCCAAGUUGGAAUCCACAGGCCCUCUGGAGAUCCAAACAGUAGAGCAUGGCGGAGAGACUGGAGCCUGGAAAGUGUACUUGCCUGGUGCUCUGGCCACCUGCCUCCGCCGUGCCUGCAUCAGGGCUGUGCUCUGCCUGGUGGGAAGGAGGGAGUGAACCUAUUCCAGCUAGAGGACCAGCUGCCCUGCCAGGGGGGCCACUGUGACUCUUCAAUACCUGGGAGAACAUCUGUCGAAGAAGAGACAUCAUCGAGAGUGAAGCAAGUGUUAGACGUGGUUCUGGUUUCAGGGCUCUUACCUGAGACUGUGUCAGCUGGGCGAUUGCUCAGAGAGAGAAGGAGGCAUUCCCAGGUCCCUGCAGAGGUGUGAGGCCUGGGACUUCCACUCUGGCUCAGUUGUCCGGGGCUGGGAGAAGUUCCCCUGUAGCCCAGUGUGGGUCCAUCUGUGAGUGGACAGCCUCUGCCACACCAGCUCUCUUGGGGCAACCCAUUCUUGGCACCCCCUUCCUCAGUGCCCUAGUGGCUACUUUCAGAGACACCGUAAGUUGUGUUGAGGCAGUUAUGGAGUGUGGAGUUUUUAGAAAUCAACUGAAUAAAUGUUUGGAGACUC